GGUCAUGGUAAAAAAAAUGAUCAGCGGUGAUGAUGGCGAGAGUCAGAUGGAGGUGAUACAUGAAAGUAUUGCAUGGUAGGGUUACUUAAAAUAGUUGUAAAGAUUGUAAUUUUAUUUUCUUAAAAUUGCAGUUUUUCUUGCUGUGAAUGUAACUUGUGUCAAGCUAACCAUGAGCUAACUAAAUUAAUAGUAACCAAAGACACUUUAUUCCACUUAUGGUGAAUUAGUAAUAUGAUGCUUAUGGUGUCAGAGUUGUGAGUUGCACUUUCACAAAAAAAUCGAAUUCGAUUAUGAGGAUUUUAUGCCGAUAUUCUGAGGUAUAUUCACAUUUUUCACGCAGCUUGUCCUCUCGAUAUGUAAUUAUCUCUUUUAAUGGUUUUUGUUGGCAUAUUUAUCAUGUCAUAUGCAUUUAGUUACAUCUUAUCUAUAAGGGUUUCUGUGCUACCUCCUUUAAGCAAACCAGUAAUAAUUGACAUCUAAACAUAUUGCCAUUGUAGAAGUUUUGUCUUUCCUGCUGAUACAGUGGCAUAUUUCUGAAGAACCUGUCCCACAUGACUUGCAGUGUGACCCUUGAAGUUGAAGCACCUUUCUUGCGGUCAACCCUUGGAACCUUGCCAUCAAUUCCCCCCAUAAAUUUUACCAUUUGACCUUGUCAGGAAUCACAUUUCAUGAUAUUGGUAACUCUUAUUUUUUGGGGGGGGAGGGUUAAAAUUUGAGAGAAAAAUCUUGAAUUGUUCAGUGCAUCCCUAAAAUUGCAUGGAGAUUUUAGUCAAAGACUUUAGUUGGGAUUAGUCCAUUCAAAGAUUUUGUUUUUGAAAAGAACUAUCAGGCGAGUUGUAACAGUUAAGUUGUUAAAAUACAUGCAUAUUAACACAGUCUUCAUUGGGUCUGAGAAAAAUGAGUUAGCAUCAAUCCUUGUGUGAUAAAUUUGAAAUUGCCACUUGUGAUCCAGCAUAAAUUAACAGGUUUCAACACUCAGUAUGUACACACCGGUAUGUAGGAAAAGAGUACCAUACUUGAAGAUCACUCGACAGUCUUUGCUCAAACCUCAUGAGAAUGGUGUGAAAAAUUCCAAAUAUUUCUGAAUUUUCCCUGCUAAAUGUGAUAUUUUAGGACAAAAAGAUUUGUACUUUUCAACUGCCACUGUAGUAGUCUUUUGCAAGUACUGUACACAGAGAAAAGAAUUCAUGAACCCAAAUUUAUUUAUCUAAUUCUGACACUCUGUUUCAGUCAUUUGAUAAUCUUCAGGCCUUUUUUAUUGGUCCUUUGAAAAUGCAAAGAAAUAAUGCCUUACAGUUGCUGAAGCCAUCUGGUGAGAAAGUCUGUGUGUCGUAAAAUACAAGUAUUGUUUUACAGUGUGCUUGUGAAUCACUUUCCAAAUAUCACCUCCUUGUGGAAUGUGAACAGCACCGAGUGGUACAUUGGGAGACCAGACCUACAUUGGCUGCCAUGGCAACAUUUGGGUUUUCUUUGCAGGGGGCAGAACUGUUCACCAGGAACUGACCCUCAGGCUUGCAGGCAGUGUGUGGAAAUCAGCAGAAUGCGAAAUGCGGGCUGUCUGGAUUUGGUGUCUUCUGGAGUAAUACUAGUUGUAAAUUAGACAUGAAAAUUUAGUUGUGGUUGAUCGCAACUGCUUUUCGAUGAAAGUUGAUAAAAGGAAGAGUUUCAUAUGUUUCUUGAUUUUGUGGAGGUUACUGGAUUUACUUGGUACUGUCAGAAUGAAGACAUCAGUUGGUGGAGACAGAUGCUGACUACCGUCCAGUUGUGUGAUGUUCCUGUUUAACAAAGGAUGAAGAACUAACACCGCUAAACUCUAGUGUGUCUCACAUGUACAUGUAUCAUCUGUCAUUGGAAAAUGUCUGCCAGGAAUUCCCCAAGAAUGCCUAGCAAGACUUACGCUCAGACCUCCCGGUCUGGGCGAUCGUCAAGGUCGGCCAAGUCUGCCCGUUCAGCAGGGCGGCCCUCCAAACAGGCUACAAAUGCAGGAGCCUCACGCCGUUCUCACAGCAACAAGCGACCAGCGCUGCCCAUGCCGGUCAACAACCGCCACUGGCCUGAGGAUUUUGGAUUUACGAUAGCCGGAGAUGCCCCUGCUUACAUCAUCACCGUCUUGCCCAGCAGCCAUGCCCAUACGGCUGGUUUACAGCCGGGGGACCAGUUGGUGGAGUUGAAUGGUACCAAUGUCACGCAACGGACAGCGCAAGAUAUUCAGGCCAUGGCCCGACAGUGCCCCACGGUGCCCCCCAGCAUUGUCGUGGUUUCCUGCGUCAAAACCGUCGAAAUAGUGCGCGAUUCAAAAGGACGAUUUGGUAUGACGGUGGUAGGAGCGGGACCCGUGUAUGUCGAGGUGGUCCAGCCCCACAGUGCUGCCUCACGGGGAGGGCUGAGGCCUGGAGACAUGAUCCUAGAAAUCAAUGGAUUACCCAUCAGGCACUCUGAUGACACCAAGGUGUUUGUCCAGGGAUCUAAUAAACUGCGUAUGCUGAUCAUACCUGGUGCUGGCCACCAGAAUGUCCGGAAACUGGCUCAGAAGUUUGAGGUACAAGCGAGGGAUAGGUCAACAAGGGCAGAGACUUUCUUCAGAAAGUUGGAUGGUGUCUUCUACAAUGAUCAUCUAAGGAAGGAUGUCCUAGUUUCCCUUCUGAAGCAAUAUGCCAAGGACAAGAGGGUGGAUAACUUUGGGCGUGCCCUGGCGUCCCUACUGACCACGCCCUCCCAGAGGCAGUUAUUUGAAGACAUCAGAAUAUUUGUUCCGCCAAAGCAUAGAGCAAGGUUUGAUUAUCUCGUCAGCAAAGAUCCUCCAGUGUCGGGAAGAAGGGUCGUUCAGAUCGAUCGCAGCAGUGGCUCCUUUGGUUUCAUGCUGGUUGGCCACAGUCCCGUCAUGAUAGAAUCGGUCGACCCAGGAGGGCCAGCCGAGAAGGCCGGGCUGCAUGCAGGGGACCGUAUCAUCAGACUCAACGGGCUGGAUGUACGGAAGAAGAGCCACGAUGAACUUAUCCUGCUGCUGAAGGGAAGUGGGAGUGCUCCCACAAUCGCCGUUGAGUCAGGACCACCCAUGCCAUCCAGUGCAGGUUACUCCAGUGCUCCCUCCGUGACCACUCGCAGCAUGACCACUGCCAGCGAGGUAUCCUCCCUCUCCAACUGGCUGUCUGAGUCUGCACUGAGUAAAGGCACGGUGGAUGAGCUGGGGGAGGUCAAGACAGGCCCCAUGUCACAGAAGGACCUCUACGCUGUGGGCAGGACCUUCAAAGAAAUGAUGGAACAUCAUCUCACUGGCCAGGAAAGGAAGAUGGUCAAACGAGCCCUGCAGGAAUAUCACCAGUGCAGGAACUUGGACGGUUUGAUAGUGGAGUUAUUCCCUGUUCUAGACACCAAUGCAAAGAGGACCCUGUGGCCGUACAUCAUUCAGAUCCUCCCUGAGGAAGAGCAACAAAUCUGCAAGAGGAAAGUCAUCUAUCUCAUCGAUAGACACGCUGCAGAUGCUGUGUAUGGUUCUAAUGGGCGUUGGUGGACACGCCCCACAAAUGAGCACCCCGAUGCAAUGCUGUCCCGGCGCUAUUCCAAAUCCAACUUUAAUAAGAGUGCUAGCUACGACGUCGCGCCCACAACAGGGGACAUAAUUUUUGGAAGGCGGGAAGAUGAAUUCCAAUCAGUAUCUGAGGCAACAUUGCUGCUUGAGCAGGACUACUACGAGAGAGCCAGGCGUCAUCGUCGAUCAUUAGAUUAUGAGGAGCCACCCAAGUUACUGAGCACCAGGAGACUUGAUCAUUCUUAUGGAGGAUACUCACUUCGUGAUGCUAGUUUGGGCUCAGGGCUGGCACCAGACCGCACCCCGCCAGAGGACCAUGCCCCUGACUCCUACCCCCACCCUUCCUUCCCUGAUACACCUGACUACCCUCGCCACCCAAGGUACUCGCGACAGCCCUCACCCGAUGAGUACUCACAAUACGACGACUGGCCAAGGUAUGAGCGCCAGUCCCGACGUGACACUCGCAACGCUCCCAGACAGCCAUUGCCCCGACCCUGUAGUGUUGGUGCUUUGCCAAGAAGAAGAAGGGACGAGUGGCAACAGCCCAGCAGAGGGCGCCGGCCUCGGACACGCAGUGUCGGGGAGGAACUGCAUCACCAUUACGACGACUAUUAUUAUGACCCGCGGUACCACCCCUCCAUGGCCUACUAUUAUGGCACUGGCCCCAGGAUCCAUGGCCACACCAACGUGCUCUCCGGUGAUCCCAAUGUUUAUCCCAUCCCACGGGAUUAUCAGAGGGAUUAUCCACCCCGGGAUUAUCCCGAGGAUUUCCCUGGGGACUAUUCUCCCACCUCCCCAUCUGAUGAAGCUACGCCAGAGGGACAACCAAGAGUUCUGCAUGGCAUGUAUUUGCCUGGAUUCAGCGAAGACGAGGCUGAGACAGACUUCACCGACUACCCUUCUGUCAGUGAAAACUCUUACCCCCAACAUCACCAUCGCCAAUACCACCCUGCCCCUCGCAAACCGCCGCCCCAUCACGGAAAACGUCCCUCCAAGAUGCGCCACUCCUGCACCCCAGAUGAUGAGACCACAUCGGGGGUCUACUCUGCCCCCCAGGCCCACGAUAGGCGAAAACGGGGCAGUUUGUAUACUGUAAACCCCGAACAACUUGAAGUUGUUACAAGCAUGCUUUCGGAUGAAGAUUCGGUGUCCAUACAGAGCUCUGCUAUUCAGACACACUCCACCACCCAUCCGGGAUUCAAUACCAACAAUAACACUUCAUUUCUUGUCAACGGCCGAGGUGUCCCACCAGCAUCAGGGGACGGUGGUGAGCAGCUCAGGCCCAGUCCCCACCCUGUGAGCUCCACUCCUGUCAACGGCCGGCCGGUUUCCCCACUAGGCAGCUUCAUAUCCCAUGCCAGCAGCCACUACUCCCUCUCGUCCCAGCAUUCCAGUUCCCAUGCCUCCGUCCACAGUAGCGCAUCCCGACAGCGACAGCUGCAGCGGCCCAGUUCUCCACCGCCCCCUCCCCCACCACCCCCGCCCCCGUUGCCGCCCCCGGCCCCGCCUUUGCCAGAGGUCAAUAAUAACAGCUCAUCGUGGCAGCCGGGCAAGAUGGCGGUCAAGCGGUUAAACUGGGAAAAGCUACAGGCUACAGAGAAUACUGUAUGGAGUGGGAUUGGUGAAGGAGAGGACUAUUUAUCGGAUGUCAUCAAGCGCCUGGAGCUGGAAGAAAAAUUCAGCGUCAAAAACAAAAAUAAAACUUCUCCUAGGGACAAGAAACCACAAAUUGCAGUCAUAAACCACAAAAAGGCCCACAACACAGCGCUCCUCCUAGGCCACUUACGGUUGUCCAUUGAUGACAUCAAGGCGGACAUUCUGCAGAUGAAGACAGACAGGAUCUCCACAUCACACCUACAGCAGCUGUCGCUGUAUGCACCGGACACCACGGAGAUUGAGAAGCUGAAGAAGUACAGCAACAGAGUCUCCCAGCUGACGUUACCCGACAAGUUUGCCUACGAGAUGAGCCAGAUACCAGGGUACAAGCUACGCAUAGAGAGCCUGCUGUUCAAGUCCAACUUUGAUGAGAAGUUGGAGGAGAUAUCCAAAUUGCUGAAGGUGAUUGAGCAGGCCGCCAUUGAGCUACGCGGCAGUCAGAAACUGGCCAAAGUCCUGGAGCUGGUGCUGGCCAUGGGAAACUACAUGAACAAAGGUAACCAGCGAGUUGCUGGAGCAACAGGCUUCAGAAUCACCUUCCUGACUGAGCUGGACACAACCAAAACAGCAGAUAAUAAAUCCACGUUCCUCCACGUUGUUGCUAAGGCUGUGCAUACCAAUGUGCCAGAGGUCGUAACCUUUGGAGAUGAGCUGCCUAUGGUGCCCAAGGCAAAUAAAGUGUCACUGAAAAUGGUGAACGACGAACUCAAGGAGGUCGAAAAUAAACUCGAGGAUCUGGUGCUGGAUAUUGACAAGCUGGAACCUGGGGACAUGACGCGACUCCCUGAUGACAGAUUCAUGGAAGUCAUGGAUAAUUUCACAGAUGAAGCGAGAGAUCGCCUUGAAGUCAUCGAGAGCCUGCAUGCCAAGGCUGAGGAAGAGUUCAAGAAGACAGCGCAGUACUUUGGUGAGGAACCUGCUACCACCGAGAGUGAUGCAUUCUUUGGAAUCUUCUCUGUUUUUACCUCCAAGUUUGCAAAAGCUCACAGUGAAAACAUACAGAAAACCAAGUCGCCUUGAUUGACAUCCUGUACCGGAAAUACAAAAAGGCUGCUCGUGGUGUAUUCACACGUGACUAGAAUGUCAGCAACCGCAUGGCUAGAUGCACAGAAAGCACGACCUUGAUGAUGGUGUAAGAUUAUGAGUGUGAACAAUCACGUGCCACAAAUGCUGUGUAAUUGGAUAUUUCAAAAGUGAAAUGGUUACCCCGUGAUAGUUUUUCCAAGAUGUCUUGCCCUAAUGUAAAUUGAUUUUUGUGCAUUUGGUUUCUUUACGUCUGUUGAGUUGUCUCCAAUUUGUAUAGUGCUUUCACUUUAAAUUACUGUAAUGCAUAAUUAUAUGUAUGCAAGUUGAUAAGUGGAGUGUCCGUGUUUGUCUGCCAUAAAUUUGUUUCCCCCAAAUUGUUGGCUGAAAUGUUUGGAGUUGCAGUUUGCAUUAUAACAAUAUUGUGUGAAUCAAAUGAUAUUUAAAAUUGUAAUCAAAGGUUUGUAUUCAUGGAAACAUCUGCUACAAUUGUUAACGUUGAAUUUAAUGUUUUUGUUUUAAAUAAAGAGAAGAUAAAAUAACAGUAACGGGCCCAAAACUGAAUAUGUGACCUGCUCUGUGAAAAUGAGUCAUAUGUCGCCAGAUCCACUUUUUGAGUUUUCAUUUGUAUUGGAAAGAAUAACUUGAGUGUUUGUUUGGAUGUAUCAUUCAGUUUGGCAUCCCGAUAAAAGUGGAUACUCCAUGGUGAAAAUGCUGUGGGUUUCUAUUGAUUUACACUGUGCAA